GUUUAACCCUUCAUGACUCUCGCUCCAUACAGUCAGAAAAACACAUUGGACAUCCUGAAGCUGCCUCUCUGCUGCACUGAGACGUGCUAACGUCCAAACUAUCUGACACUGACGGCGGUGAAAACACACACACACUUGCGGAAUGGCUAAUCACAUGAAUGGAAAAGGUGUUGCAGUAGGGUCAUGGCUCCAGAAUGGCAUGCCACCCAGGAGCAGCCUGGACUCUGGCACUCAUCCAACAACAUUUUUGGUGGCCAUCCAUCAAGGAGGAUGUCCAGAGGUUUGUGGCAGCUUGCAACAUCUGCACCAGGAACAAGACUGGCAACAGACCCCCUGCCAGCCUGCUGAGACCCCUUCCUGUUCUCCACCAGCCCUGGUCACACAUAGCCCUGGAUUUUGUCACAGGACUCCCCAAUUCAGGUGGCAAUACUUGUAUCCUCACUGUUGACCAUUUUUCUAAAGCUGUUCAUUUUAUCCCUCUGCCCAAGCUUCCCACCGCCAAGGAGACUGCCAAAUUGCUGAUACUCCAUGUUUUCUGUCUACACGGACUCCCCUCAGACAUCAUAUCAGACCAUAGACCCCAGUUCUCUGCCCAAUUCUGGAAGGCUUUCUGUAAACUCAUUGGUGCUUCUCACAGUCUGUCUUCAGGUUUUCACCCUCAGACCAAUGGACAGAUGGAACGGGCCAACCAGGAGCUGGAAGUGGCUUUCAGGUGCAUGGUGUCCAAGGAUGCUGCCUCCUGGAGCAAGACCCUUCCUUGGAUAGAGUACGCUCACAACUCCUUACCCACCUCUGCUACAGGUCUUUCCCCCUUCCAGUGCUCUUUGGGUUACCAGCCACCACUCUUCCCCAUCCAAGAAGAAGUCGCCAUGCCCUCUGCCCAGAUGUUUGUGCACUGCUGCAGGAGAAUGUGGGCAUUAACCAGGAAAAAGCUCCUACAUUCUGUCAAGAUGUUUAAAGAGUAAGCCGACAAACACCACUUGGCAGCUCCCACCUAUUGGGUGGGGCAGCGGGUAAUGCUCUCCACUCACCACUUGCCCCUCAAGAUGGUCUCCCGCAAAUUGGCUCCCAGGUUCAUAGGACCUUUGCCCGUCUCCAAGUGUCUUUCCUCAAGCACAAUGCUUCAGACUUCCAGACAGAACAUAUCUCCCAAGAAUGCAUGGACAGCUCCGAUGAUGAGUUUUUUGAUGCCCAAGAGAGCCUGUAUCAUAAUAGUAAGCCCAGCUGUAUCCCUCAGAGUGGCACUGAAGGCCGAGAGGAUAGUAGGACAAAGUGUAAGACCCAGGUGCUAAUAUUGGUGGUGCACGGAGGGAACAUUCUGGAUCUAGCCAGUGGUGACCUGGGGGCAAAGGCGGCAGAUGUGGCCACUCUGUCCUCGGUGCUGGAGAAAGUGGCACAGGCGCACUUUGAGGCUGUCACACACCACAUACUAAUCAAGUUGGUACCCUGUCCUGCUGUGUGUGCAGAGGCCUUUUCCCUGGUUUCCAAUCUGAACCCCUGUAGCUAUGAUAAGAGCUGUGUGUUGAACAAUGUGGACCACCUUCCACUGGCAGCACUCCCCCUUCUUGCUAUUGCAUCACCGCGAUACCAGGACUCUGUGGCAAGCAUCAUCUCUCGAGCCAAUGAGGUCUACCACAGCUUCUUACAGUCUCCCGAUGGACAAGGCUUCACUGGUCAGGUGUGUCUGUUGGGUGACUGUGUGGGUGGAGUGCUGUGUUUUGAUGCCCUCUGUUUCAGCAACAGCCCACAACAUGACAGUCCUAGUCACAGAGAGGAACCAAACAGUAUGGAGAGCCUAAAGGAUAACCCUGGAUUUCUGGGAGCAGACAACUGCAGCCUGAACUCCAGCAAGCACCUAAGCAAGAGCAACAUUGACAUUUCUUGUACCACUGACUCCUCCGACAGCCAGCAUCCAUUACAUAGCAGUCAGGUCCAGGAUGGAAUAGAUCCAAGCUCAAGAAGAAGCAUUCCAAGGUGGAAUCCAGGUCAUUUUGACUUUGAUGUGUCUGAAUGCUUUCUGCUAGGCUGCCCACUUGGACUAGUGUUAGCCAUGAGAUGCACUGUUCUUCCUUCAGUCAAAGUGACUCAGCUGCAGCCUGCUUGUUCUCAGAUCUUCAACCUGUUUUACCUCUCUGACCCAUCAGCCUCUAGACUGGAGCCCCUCCUGCAUUCUUGCUUUCACCAGCUGCCUCCAUUCCCUGUUCCACGAUAUCAUUGCUACCCUCUAGGAGAUGGCUGCUCUACCCUCAUUGUUGAUGAGAUCCAUAGCCACCCUGAUGUGUUCCUGGAUGGAGGCCCUGCUCCAGGUGGUGCUAUAUUCUCCUCUUGUGUGGAUGAAGCAGAGAAGGCAAUGAAGCAGGAGGUUGAUGUUGACAGUGAACCCUCUGGCUGCAGAGAGAACAAGCUGAGCCUCACCAUUGCCAACAUCUCCAGUAGCUGGUGGGGCUCUAAACGGCUGGACUAUGCACUUUAUUGUCCUGAUAUGUUGACUGCAUUCCCCACUGUGGCUUUGCCUCAACUAUUCCAUGCAUCUUACUGGGAAUCUACUGAUGUAGUGGCCUUUCUACUCAGACAGGUGAUGCAGUAUGACUGUGUGAAGGCUCAGGAGGCAGACAGCUUAGACUCCUACUUUUCCCCUUCCAACCCCAGAGAGAAAUGGCUCCGAAGACGCACACAUGUUAAGUUAAGGAAUCUUACUGCCAACCACAGAGUAAAUGAUGUCAUUGCGACUGAGGAAGGGCCACAGACUCUGGUUGGUCGCUUUAUGUAUGGACCUCUGGACAUGGUGACUCUGACAGGAGAGAAGGUGGAUGUGUAUGUGAUGACUGAACCACACUCAGGAUGUUGGGUGUACUUUGACACCAAAAUCACUAACAGCAGUGGCAGAGUGUCCUACACUAUCCCUGACAACAAAAAAUUCCCUGUGGGAGUUCAUCCUAUUAAAAUGGUGGUUAGAGGAGACCAGACAAGUGCAGAAGCUUUCCUGACUGUGCUACGAGAGGGAAUGGAGUGUGUAGUAUUUAGCAUUGAUGGGUCUUUUGCUGCUAGCGUUUCCAUCAUGGGCAGUGACCCUAAAAUGCGGGCAGGUGCUGUGGAUGUGGUCAGACACUGGCAGGAUCUGGGAUAUCUGAUCAUCUACAUCACUGGGCGUCCAGACAUGCAGAAACAGAGAGUGGUGUCAUGGCUUUCCCAGCACAACUUCCCACAGGGAAUGAUCUUUUUCUCCGAGGGGUUGGUGCAUGACCCACUGCGCCAGAAAACCAUCUUUCUUCGGAAUCUCAUUCAGGAGUGUCAUGUUAAUAUCAACUCAGCCUACGGCUCCAUGAAGGACAUCUCCGUCUACAGCAUGCUGGGUCUCAGCCCCAACCAGAUAUAUACAGUGGGCAGACCAUCCAAGAAAUACCAAAACCAGUGCCAGUUCCUCAGUGAGGGUUAUGCCACACAUCUUUCUUCACUACAGUUUGGACAACAGGUCCGAUCCCAGAAGACUGCAUCAAUGUGCACGAUGAUGCGUAAUAGCUCUUUUGGCCUCUCAGCAAAGCCAGACUUUCUUCCCAAGCACACACACUUGCGACGUACCAUGUCUGCACAGCAGGCUGAGCUGCCUAAGACACUGAUUCCUAAACCAGAGCGCUCCCAAAGCCAGCCUGGGUCUGAUAAAGACCACAAGUUUGAAGGAGGAAUAGGCCACAGUAUGUUUAUGCUGGGGGGCAUGCAUCAAAGUAACACCACUCCCUGACCACAGAGAGAAAAAGGGAGAGAAGGAGGGAAAAGAGGCAAGAACAAUGUCCAGAAUACUGUGACAGGAUACUGUAUGCUGGAAGAGGAACCACCUGAAGCUGUUCCCAGCUGUCUAUCCAUGGACACAGAGCACAAAAAGAAAGAGGGGUUCCAAAGAAAUACAGUAUGUGCAUGAAGAACCAUAGUUACCUGUGUCUGGUUGCCCCACAAGGAUUUGAUCAGCUUCAGAUCUGGGACUGUAUUUUAGCUUCAGAUCCCAGACUGAAAGGUAAGACUCUGACAAGUAGAUCUAUCAGUCAUUAAGACUUGAUUCUUCAAUCACUUGAUUCAUUUAACCAGUCCCCGUCUCAGGCCAUUGUCCCAUCCUGCCUUAAGUCCUCAACCAUUGUAACACUGCCAAAAAAACCUAACAUCAACACCCUGAAUGACUACCGCCCAGUGGCACUUACACCUGUCAUCAUGAAGUGCUUUGAAAAACUGGUGCAGAGUCAUAUCCUUGCCUGCCUGCUGAGCUGGACCCUCUUCAAUUUGCUUACAAAGCAAAGAGAUCCACGGAGGAUGCUGUAUCCACAGCACUUCAUGCUGCACUGACCCACUUGGAGCAGCAGGAGAGCUACGUCAGAAUGCUCUUUCUGGACUUCAGCUCGGCGUUUAACACCAUCCUCCCACAACGACUGGUGUCCAAGCUGGCGGACCUUGGGCUUCCACCACUCACCUGCAGCUGGAUAUUGGACUUUCUGUCAGGUCGCUCCCAGAGGGUCAGGCUGGGUUCCCACACCUCCACUGCUCUCAGCCUGAACACCGGCUCGCCACAGGGUUGUGUACUUAGCCCACUCCUUUACACCCUCUACAUGUAUGACUGUGUCUCCACCCGCCUCAGCAACAAGAUUGUAAAGUUUGCAGAUGAAAUCCACGCGGACAACAUGCAAACUCUGCACAGAAAGGCCCUCACCUGCCACAGGGCUCGAACCCGGACCCUCUUGCUGUGAGGCAACAGCGCUAACCACCACUACACCACCAUGUCACAUAGUGGUGCUUGAAAGUUUGUGAACCCUUUAGAAUUUUCUAUAUUUCUGCAUAAAUAUGAACUAAAACAUCAUCAGACUUUCACACAAGU